AUGUGCCACAUUCAGGUCUCCUCACACUGCUGUGUGUUGAAUUUUUUGACAUAGGGUGCUGGCAGAUUACGGGCCUCCCAUAGCUGCUGCCAGGCCCCUAAUCUGCCAUGGGCCCCUAUAUACCGCCUCCUCAUGCUGCUGCCAAGUCCAGAGUCUCUCAUGGGUCCCUGUACGGCCUCCCAUUGCUGCUGUCUCCAUCGCCACACUCUGCCAUGUGCCACUUUCAGGUCUCCUCACACUCCUGCUGGUUUCCAUUUUGUCAUAGGGUGCAGGCAGAUUACGGGCCUCACAUAGCUGCUGCCAGGCCCCUAAUCUGCCAUGGGCCCCCUAUAUAUACCGCCUCCUCAUGCUGCUGCCAAGUCCAGAGUCUCUCAUGGGUCCCUGUACGGCCUCCCAUUGCUGCUGUCUCCAUCGCCACACUCUGCUGCCAUGUGCCACUUUCAGGUCUCUUCACACUGCUGGUGUGUUUAAUUUUUUGAC